AUGCUGCGGUCCUUGUUGUUACGAGGAGCCGCGGUGCUUCGUGGUUUGCCAUCCGUUAAAAAGAAGGAGUUGAAAGGGAUGGUAAAAGCCAAAAAAGCAGCGAAGUUGAAUGCAAAGGGAUCAUCAGAACCCGUAGUGAAAACAAAAGAGAAAACUAAACCAAAAGCGGAGCAGCGAGUAACAGCUGCGGACAAACAACGAAAGCAACGUGAAAGAGAAGCAGAGCGGUUGUUUCUGCAAAUGGUGAGGGAAGAGCGGAAGCGGCGCCGGUUAGUCAUUCGGGCUGCCAUACGGAAAGCGGUAUCGAAGGAGAAGGAGGAAGAAUCCAAACUUGUUCGUCACUAUGCCGCCAAUAAACGAAAGGCCAUUGCAGAGUUGCAGAGAUUAAAGCAAGAAGAUGUGGCAGCAUCCGUUUCACCAGCUCCUCCACGGAAGACUACUCGAGGGCGCCGCGCGGCGAAAGCAGCUGAUGCCGAAGCGGAACGUGCAUUCAAAAAGAAAAUAGAAUCUGAAGCAGAACAAAAGUUUUUACUUCUGAUUGAAGAAUUGAGCAAGAAGAGACGCGAGGAACUACAGAAUGCGGCUGCGCUUUUGAAGAAACAAAAGGAGGCCGAAAGCGCGCCACCGGUGAUGGCUGUGGCAAAUGAGGCUCCGUUAGCGGCACCUGAAGCAGCGGAAGCUGUUGAGGCUCUAGCAGCAGAGGAAAUGGCAACAACAAAAACGAAACGUAGAAGACGAGUGAAGUCAGAGACACAACCUGAAGUAGUGGCGGCGGUUGUGGAAGAGGGGAAUGAGGAAGAAAUAAUUCAUGCUCCAGUUAUCGAAGCGAAGGGAAGAAGAAACAGAAGUCCACGCAAGGAGGGACCAAAAACUGUUGUAGCACCCGCUGUAAUAGCGCCUGUUGUUGAGGGGGAGGAUCUGCUUCCAGUAGUUGUUGCAACUGCAGCCGAAGAGGAACCAGUCAUAAAAGAUGUGACUGUAGAAGCUGUGGAUGAUGUGCAGGAGGUGGCGCCAGUGGAGAAAAGUGAAGUGAAAAAAACACCACGGCAGCGUCGCUCGUCGCCGAAGGCGGUGAAACUUCCGUCCGUAGCAGCCCCAGUUACUCCUGUUGUGGAUCAUACACCUCCAUUAGUUGCAUAUGCCGAAGUUCCAGCAACCCAACAGCAACAACAGCAACAGCAACAACAGCAACUGAGUCAUGCAUUUUCUCUAGCAGGUUUUGCUGAUGCACCGUUAGUUCCUCUCACGGGCCCCACUACUCCAUUUGUGCAGCGGGGCCUUACCGGAGUUCCCUCCUUUGAUAUUCCCGUCGUUCCGUUACGUGCAAAUCCCGUGGAAACUUUGGUUCACAACACGAGGGGUGUUGUGCCCGCCCCACCAGCGCAAUUUACUCUUAACAUUCCCGCCGCUCAACCAGCGACAACACCUCAAAGAAUAACAAAUACCGGACUUCUUCGACUUUAA